AUGCUCAAGCUGCUCUGCGCCCUCCUGCUCGUGGCUCACGCCUACGGCUGUGGCCGCCCCACCUAUGUGCCCAACAUUUCGCGUGUGGUUGGGGGCGAAGACGUCCGCCCCCACAGCUGGCCCUGGCAGGUCUCCCUCCAGUACAACAAGAAUGGAGUUUGGGCUCACACCUGCGGCGGGACCCUCCUUGACCCCCAGUGGGUGCUGACGGCGGCUCACUGCAUCAGCUCCAAGCGGACCUACCGAGUGCUGCUGGGGAAGCAGAACCUGAAGGAGGCCGAGGCCGGCGAGGUGGCUGUGGCGGUGGAGAAGGCCAUCGUCCACGAGAAGUGGAACUCCCUCUUCAUCAUCAAUGACAUCGCCCUGCUGAAGCUGGCACAGCCGGUCGAGUUCAGCGACACCAUCCAGCCCUCCUGCCUGCCCACCCCGGACUCUCUGCUGCCCCAGGGCUUCCCCUGCUACGUCACCGGGUGGGGCCGUCUCUGGACCAAUGGGCCCAUAGCGGACAACCUCCAGCAGGGCUUCCUGCCCGUGGUGGACCAGGCCACCUGCACCCAGAAGGACUGGUGGGGCUCCAUGGUCAAGCCCACCAUGGUCUGCGCAGGGGGAGACGGCGUCAUUUCGGGGUGCAAUGGCGACUCUGGCGGGCCCCUGAACUGCCACAAUGGCGACUCCUGGCAAGUCCACGGCAUCGUUAGCUUCGGGUCGGCCCUCGGCUGCAACACGGCCAAGAAGCCCACCGUCUUCACCCGCGUCUCCGCUUACAUCGCCUGGAUGAAAGAGAAAAUGGCUCAGAACUGAGGACCCAGCUGUGUCGUGUGUGGCAAACCGAUAGGAAAAACACUCAAUAAACG